CCUCCUCCUCGGUGGUGGUUGUUGCUGCUGCAAGCUGCUGGUGUUGCUGUGACGAUGAUAUCCUCCCCCUCUUACACACACAUACACACGCAGACGAGGAGGAGAGGAGAGAAGAGGCAGCAAACAAGACGGUAUCAUGACGCGAUGGCUGCAGGCUGGAAAACAGACGCUCCCACUGAUGGCCUGGAAAACAGGGAAUCAGUGGAUUCAUCCUCAGUCCUCUUCAAAUGAAGUCAAUUGAACUGAUUAUACUUGAAUCAUUCCUGAAGGGAAACAAUCUGCUUCUCACCUUCUUCUUUUCGGUGUUUCAAUGGAUAAAUAACCAUCUGGAAUCAUCUGGAUUUACAUGGAAUCCAUGUUUAAUCAGGAAUGUGGGGCAGAAGACUCUCAGAUCUACAGAAGAAUAACGUUGAUGUGGAUUAUUGACUAAAACCAAUCAAAACUAAGAGCAGUGCAGAUCUUUUUAAUGUUCAGAAUGUGCCAACAGUUUCUACUGGACUGUUUUUCUCCUUUCUCCUGCAUGUAAAAUGGAGUAAAAAACAAAAAGAGUCGGGAAAAAGAACCUGUAAGAAACCAAAGCAACAAACCCUCUGCUUGAAAGCAAAGCGUCUUCCCCUGGCUGCGGUGAGGACGGAGGGGUGUGUUUGGAGGUUCCCCCCCAGCAGGCUGCCGCGCGCAGAUGGAGGCCCACCAACACUCCCCAGAUAGCAGCAGUGAGGAGUGCACCGUCCUGGAGGCUGCGCCCAGCAAGAACAGCUGCCUGCAGCAUGCAGGGAAGGUGGCUGACCUGUACUGCUCGGCCUGUGAGUGUGCCCUGUGUGAGGACUGCUUACCUGCCCAUGAGGAUCACCCCAAGGUGGCGCUCAGCCAGGCUCUGGAGCAGCACCGGAGCCGGCUGCAGGAGAGACUCGGGGCGGUCCAGAGCAGACUGCCCCAGAUUUCAGAUGCUCUGUCCCUCGUUACGGAGAUUCUCCAGCAGCUGAACAACCAGAGAGCUUCCAUCGAAGAGGACAUCCAGUCCAGCUUCGAGGACCUGCACAAGCAGCUGGACGUUCGGAAGAGCGUCCUUCUGAUGGAGCUCGAAGUCACAUAUGGGCUCAAACAAAAGGUCCUCCAAGCCCAGAUAGACAACCUCACGCGUGGAGACGGGGACAUCACGGCCACCUGCACCCAGACGGAGGAAGCUCUGGCUGAGGAGGCGAGCGUGGCGACGCUGGAGGUGGAGCAUGAGCUGGAGGAGAGGCUGAAGGAGCUGGCCAUUCUGAGAAUGCCGUGCCAGCCAGAGGAGAACGACCAGCUGGACCUGGUGAUGGAGACAGAUGGACUGAGGAAGUCCAUUCACAACUUGGGGACCAUAGUUACAACCAGCGCUGUGGCAAGUCAGAGUGAAGCCAUGGGCACCGGCUUGGAGCAGUGCAUUGUGGGACAUCCUGCUUCAGUUACUAUAGUAACAAGAGACAAGUCAGGAGGAGCCUGCAAGAGUGGCAAUGCCAUCUUAUCAGCUGAGGUAUUCACCCCCGACGGCAGCAUCGUUGAUGGCGAGAUACUGGACCACAAGAACGGUACAUAUGAGUUCGUCUACACGGUGCCCAAGGAGGGCAACUUUUCUCUGGCUCUCCGUCUGUACGACCAGCACAUCAAAGGAAGUCCCUUCAAACUGACCGUCACCAAGGCGUCCGAGGUAGAGGUCGAGGUGUCUCCAUCCACCACCACAGCAACUAACUCGGCAGCCAAUGCCACCCCGUCCACAGGCUCCUCUGACGGGACAAAGAGGCGAGGAAAGUCGCCCGGCCAGAAGAAGAAAGGUUCCAAGAGGGCCAGCAGCGCUCUGGGAACCCCACGACGAAAAACUCAGAAUCCCAUCGAGGACGACCUCAUCUUCAAGAUUGGAACUAAGGGUAGAAAUAAGGGUGAGUUCACCAACCUUCAAGGAGUGGCUGCCUCUUCCAGCGGUAGGAUUCUGAUAGCUGACAGCAACAAUCAGUGUGUUCAGAUUUUCUCCAACGAGGGUGAGUUUAAGAGUCGUUUUGGGGUGCGUGGGCGAUCUCCUGGCCAGCUGCAGCGGCCAACCGGGGUCGCUGUGCACCCGAGCGGUGACAUUAUUAUUGCUGACUAUGAUAACAAAUGGGUUAGCAUCUUCACGUGCGAGGGCAAGUUCAAGGCGAAACUUGGCUCAGGGAGACUCAUGGGGCCAAAAGGUGUGUCUGUGGACCAAAAUGGUCAUGUGAUUGUAGUCGACAACAAGGCGUGUACAGUCUUCAUCUUCCAGCUAACCGGCAAGCUAAUUGCUAAGUUUGGGAGUCGGGGGAAUGGUGACAAGCAGUUUGCAGGUCCACACUUUGCAGCAGUGAACAAGAAUAAUGAGAUCAUCGUGACAGACUUCCAUAACCACUCUGUCAAGGUUUUUACCACUGAGGGAGAGCUGGUGUUGAAGUUCGGCUCAAACGGGGAAGGAAAUGGCCAGUUCAACGCUCCCACUGGUGUAGCUGUGGAUGUAAAUGGGAACAUCAUUGUAGCUGACUGGGGCAACAGCAGAAUACAGGUUUUUGAUGGCAGUGGCUCCUUCCUGUCCUACAUCAACACAUCAGCAGACCCGCUGUACGGCCCACAAGGCCUGGCGCUGACCUCGGACGGUCAUGUGGUGGUCGCCGACUCUGGUAACCAUUGCUUCAAGGUCUACCGCUACCUACAAUGAUAAAGACUUAGGAGAGGAGAACAAGGAGGCCAGUGGUGAGAGUGGAAAGCUAAAGCUCACAAUGUUUAACUCCAUCUAUCCAUUGCAUGAACUUGUCCUGAUGGAUUAACUGAAGGAAAGAAAUGCCAAGGAAAACGUUCGGCCUCCGUCCUUACAUGACCUGAACUUCAGAGGAGAUGUCUGAUCUUGGUGAUGUCUGGAGGAAUGAAGCCAGAAUGGAAUAUAAAGGUGAGAUGUUGCCUCUCCAGAAACGUAUUUCUGCAGUACUUUGCAGAAAUGGAUUCCUGUUUUUAAUGAAAGAUGUCUGCCUUCACCUAUAGCGGAAAAGAUUGACCAGCCAAGUAAUGAAUACAAGUGGAAAAUUAAUGGUUGCAAAAAAGGAAGAAGACGUACUUUGGAAAUCUUGCAUAUUAAAUCUAUGUUGUGAAUGUUGGAUUGACGAAAUGUCAGUGGCAUAAAUGCAGAUGUCGAAGUAAUUUGGUGGGAAUGAUUUGAAUUAUUGACAGUUUGACAAUGUUCUGCCUUGAUGUAUUGUAUGUAAAAGACAAAAUAAUGUCUGGUGAGGUAAAAGGGGUCCAGAGCUUUGACUUUUCUCAGUUUAUUGUUCUAAGACUUCAUAUCAACUGAUCAGAUUGUCUUUAAGCAAAACAGUCAGCUUCAACUGAUCAAGUUUUCAGUGGAGGCUUGAUGGAAAUGUAAAUAUCUGGGCAAGAUUACGACCCAAGGAAUUCCACUCAAUUUCACUAAAUUAAAGCAUUAUGAGAGGAUUAGGGUCACUGUAGAUUAAAAAAUAUUAAUAUGGCCACAGAGCAGUCAAUUUUACAUAUUUACUAGAAACAUGGUGGAUAUUCUCUAAUGUGGGGUAAAGUUGUAAAAUUAAAGGCAAACAAUUAUCAAUAUUAAAACUCAGAAAUUUUAAUGGAAAACCUCAGAAGUUUACCAAGGGUUAGGGACCUCAUCCGUCUUUUACUACCUGAGACCCUCUCUAAAAACUCUUAUAAUUACCUAUUAUAAUAGUUCAAACACCAAAUAUACCUUAAUAUGCAUUAAUACGCACAGUGGAAACCGUCCCAGCAGUACUGGUGAUGCUAACAUCCAUGGUCUUCAAGGUACAGCUAACGAAAAUAAACAGCGCUAUUGAUCAAUGCAUCAACAUAUUUAAAUUCUCUAAGCUCUAUUUUCUUUUGAAUACUUCAAACAUGCGUUACAAAAACGUCAAAAAAAAAUAGGAACAUUUUCUGUGAUAUUUCCACCAAAUAAAAAAUCCAUAAAAACUGAGGUGUGAAUAGGAGGGUCCACUCUAUAAGAGUUUUUUCUCUGUGGCCACAUUUCUUUAUUUUAUCAUGUACAAUGCUCCUAACAGUCGGCAAACUACAGACCAAUGGCAAUACUCCAACCUCCAUUUUCAAAGUGAUGACUCUGGAGACAUUCGAUAGAUUUGGAUUAAUUCCUCCGCCUUGGACCACUUUUAGCUUGUUGAACAUUGUUUGUACAUAUGGAUUGUUUUAAUUAUGGAAUGUUUAUUUCUCCCAUAAGAUUGAAUCCUUUAAAAAUCUUCAACAAUAGAUUCAUCAUUAUAAACAACUGCUUGUCUGACUGUUUGACUCGUGGAAUGGGACUUUCGACCCACAGCAUCGUCUCUGUGCUUGGCGCGUGCGGUUGUGUGUUACACAGAGGAAUGAAAAAGCUCUAUAAAUCUAUCUUAUAUAUUUAUGAGAACAUUUCUAACAUUUCCGGGUAAAUCAACAUUUCAAAUCGUAUAUCUCUGCUUGUUGUCUUGGCAACUGUGAAGAGAAGGCGGGGCUUCUAGAAUGUUCAGAUUUGGGUUUUUCGUUAAUGUCCACGGUUCUAGAGCGCGUUUAGAGUUCUAUCGAGUUUCAACGUCAAACUGUAGAAUUUCACACGUCAUUUCAUGUGGAAACAUUACCCCAGUGUUGGAGAAGCAUGCUCUUGUUAUCACCGUUUGCUUCCAUUCAAGCAUUUAGAAGUCAUGUUGCCUUCUGUUGAAAUAUUUAGGAUGCACCAAAUGUGGACCGUUCAGGGACACUGCGCUGCAGAAUGUACUGAGGAUAGCCCAAAACUUGGUCUGAUGGUUUAAAGCAGCGAAAUUUCAAAAACAAUGUUUUCCAAAGUGAAGAUUUAAAGGAGACAACAUCAAUACUUGUGUUAUGCAUGCAAAAACUACACUGAUCUUGCAGCUUAUUGGGUUUUGUUUUCCUUUCUGUGAGAUUGUAGAUAAUGUCCUGGAAAGAUUGACUACUGACAGGAAAUUAUAUGGUCCACUCACAUAGAGUUUUACCAUGACAAUAAUAAAUUGCUUAUUUUGCUGACAGUCAUCAUCCAGCAACAUAUCCAAAUUUCUAAAACUAAAAACCAAUUAAUUUGAGUCACUAUUUUUGCAAAAUUGCAUAAUUAACAGAGUAUUUUCUUGUAUAUCUUAAUAAACUGCCUGAACACUGAAUUAGUCAGCAGUCCUGGUAAAUUAUCAAUAUAUUCACAGCUCCUGCAUCGAUUUUUUUAAAUGCCCAUCUAUUUUUACUGCAUAUUGUAGAGGUCGAUUCCUCUCUCAAUGGUCUGCAGUUAUGAUGCCAAUCUUAAUUUUUAAUGUCUCUUGAGAUACUGUCUCAUUAGCACAGAGAAGAACAAUACUGGUGCUGAGGACUCAGUGAAUAUCUUCCAAGGCUUUUACAACCUGUCAUAAACCAGUUAGCUGCCAUUUAAAAUACGUCAGCAUUGAGCUAAAACAUUUGAAAUAUUGUCAUAUCUUCCAGUGGUUUACACAAUACCUUGAUAAAUCAAAAAUAGGAAGUUAUUCUCUUCAUCAUAUCUAGGCUUGACGAUCCCAGUGACAAAUGACUUUCGUUUAUUAUUUGCUAUUUAUUUGGUUCUUUAUCUUGCAGUUUGAUUGUUUGUUUCCACCAUGUGCUUUGAACUUCUUAAGUGCCCGUAUUGUUUUGAUACAUUUCAUCAAGUUGUCUGAAUCAAACUGCGAUUUCCUCGCCUGUUGUGGUUGGAAUAAUUGUGCAGUCUUAUUUAUUUUUAUUUAUUUAAUUUUGAAAAUAAAGUUGUCUUAAAGGAAUAACACAAAAGUUAACCAGUUUGAAAACCAUUGCACCUCAUGGUUAACUAGCUAGCUAAAACUAGCUUCUACCAUGUUAGUUUUAGCUAUUUUGGUUAAAACUAGCUAGCUAACUAACAUGGCAAACCAGCUAAAACUAGUUAGCUAGCUAAUACUAGCUAGUUAACCAUGGGUUAAACACUUACUACAGCUCACUGGAUAGAAUCGAUGUUGUCAAGCCUUUAAUUACAAGUACAACUCAUUCAGUCUCUUUUAAAUGCUAACUAGCUUGCGGCUCUUCAGUCCACUCACGCUAGAUUUACUGUAACCAUCCAACAAUUGCAUGUUUGUCAGAAUAAAUAGAUUAAAAUUAGAGUUCUCAUCAAUCUGUUGUUUCUUUUUCUAUUUUGUGCUGAUUGUCAGUUUGUGUAACUGGAUUUUCUGAUUGUUAGCAAACAAAAGUGCUGCUACGUCUGAGAGGUUUUUUUUGUCUCUCAUUGAGCUGGAAUGAGUUUUUUUCUUGUCAGUGGAGUUAAAAUUAGGUUAUUUCCUAAUUUAAUCCUUGUUUGCUGGAUAUUCAGCCUUAUUAUGUGUAAAUAAUGAAUGUGGAUAAAAUGAUUGAAUUUCUUUCAUGAACUUGGUUUGAAAUAUCCUAUAAAACGAAUCAGGUCCGUAACAAAAAUACCUUUGAUAACGUCAUAAAAGUGAUUGUUUAAUUUCACAAUGAAAGCCCGGACUGUAACCAGCUUCAUGUACUGUUAUUGCCUGUUCUUACUCUCUGUAACUACUGUCUGUCAUGGCUGUUCAUGUUUAAGGCCCAUAUCUGGAUAUUCACACACACUCAACACUGAAAUAAAACAUUGGUUCCUCUUG